CUCGGUUCUGGGUCACGUGACCGUAAAGUCGGCUAGUAAUGGCGUCUUGCUUGUUAGCUGGCGAGCGAUUUGUACGCGCUCUGGGUCCUGGUGGGGAGCUGGAGCCAGAGCAACUGCCCGGGAAGCUGCGAGCAGAGCUUGAGGCCGCUCUAGGGAAGAAGCACAAGGGCGGCAAUCGCCCGGCUCGCCUGGUUUCUUUCCGCCUGAUCCGGGAUCUGCAUCAGUACUUGAGAGAAAGGGGUUCCAAACUAUACCUUCAUGAGCUCCUAGAAGGCAGUGAAAUCUAUCUCCCAGAGGUUGUGAAGCCGCCUCGGAACCCAGAGCUAGUUGCUCGUCUGGAAAAGAUUAAGAUACAGCUGGCCAAUGAGGAAUAUAAGCGGAUCACCCGCAAUGUCACCUGUCAGGAUCCAAGGCAUGGCGGAACUCUCAGUGACCUGGGAAAGCAAGUGAGGUCAGUGAAGGCUCUGGUCAUCACCAUCUUCAACUUCAUUGUCACGGUGGCGGCUGCCUUCGUCUGCGCUUACCUUGGAAGCCAGUAUAUCUUCACAGAAAUGACCUCGGUACUAGAGGCUCCAGAGCUGGAAGCUGGUCUGCAUCCCAUAAGCCUGAUUCUCUCCCUUCCCAGCGAGUACUGGCUGCCUUGAUCGUGGCCUCUGUGGUGGGUCUGGCCGAGCUAUAUGUCAUGGUGCGGGCGAUGGAAGGCGAGUUGGGAGAACUGUAACUGUGCUUCCUCAUCGAAGUCCGGAGACUCCAGGGUCUCAGCUGCCAGUUGCUGAUUCUCAGUCAGUGAUUCGUACUCUGCCAAGCCAAGGCCACAUGCUCUUCCUACAGGACAGCCCCAUCCUGUCAGUUAACAGAGGGGGCUGUAGAGGAGACUCAGACAACAACAGGAAAGAACUGGUCUGUCCGUACAUUUUCCCGAAGCCAGUGCCCAUCUGCCUUCUACUGUCCAUUCUGGGUGUUGCUGGGGCUGGUUUUUUUCCCCCACUGGAAUCAAAGAGAAUCUAGGCCUUUCCAGAAGUAGACCAUACUGCCUUGAACUUGCCCAGGUGCACAAGUCAGUGUUCGUCCUUGCUCCACAUAUCAUGAUGCAGACCUGUAAUUUAUAUCAGAAGACUCCAAUAAAGCAGAGGGAUUCGCUUUCUGCAGUUUAUGCUGGAAGAGGAACUGAUCAGAGGACAUCAACUAAGAGAAAGCCAGUUGGUACAGGAUGGUGCAAUUGUACUCAAAGCAACUUUUUGGAAUCUUAGUUUCCGCCUUCAUCUUUUUCCUUCUGCUGGCCUUGUUCAGAUUUUCUAUGUUUCUGCUGGUCUUCACUAUUCAUCAGCCCUCCUUCAACUUCCCACCUUCCGGUCACCCUUUGCUCUGCUUCCAAAAAUGACAAAAGUUCAGAUAGCAAAGCAGUAUGUCUGCUUUUAAUUGCAAAACCCCUUGUACUUGUUUGUAUUUGUAAGGAGAGUAUGUCUACUGUGAAUUGUCUCAGCUAAUGAAGGGAGAGAUUCUUUGUAGACUGGUGACUGUUUUUAGAUUGAACUGUGUGUAAUUUAUAUGAGCAUACACAUAACAAAAGUAUAUGGUAUGUGUACAUAUUGUUAUCCAUAAGCCUGUUACAGGUUAUUUAUACGGAUUCUUGAACAUAUUUGGGUAAGUGCAAAAAAUAGUAUGUAAAAUUGUUUUACAUGAUUGCUUUUGGUCUUCAGAACUAUUCCGGAGGUUAGACAAGGAAGCAGUUUUAGGUACCUUUUCCGGAAGACAAAACUGAGGCUGAGAGAGGUCAAAUGACCCUCAGCAGUCCUUUUUCUGUUAAAAGGAGCCAAAGACUCCUAGGUUAUCUUGAAGUCUCUGUGUAAUGUUACAUUUUUAAGAACUUAGAUUAGUGGUGUGUUGAUGGAAUCUGUAUAAGACUUUUAGAAAUUACAGUGGCAUUAUUAUUUAUACAAUAAAUAUCUAUCAAAUCAGCAUA